CAUCUCCCAUCUCUCUAACUUAAUUCGCAUCCCUAACUCAAAACUUCUUCUCUUCUGAUUUUCGCCUUAACCCAUUUCUUCACCCUUUUCCCUUUUCUUCACGUUCGAUAGAGCACACCGGCGACGGCUACUUUACGUCCGACAAGAGGCGACAAAGCAGCACAGUAUCAAGUAUCAACUGCUUUUCGAUUUAUCUUCACCCGACGUCUUCUUCUAUCUAUGAGUAUGAUGGGUUCUGUUCUUAUCUAAAUCAGUUUGAGAAGUUUUUGUGAUAUAAUACUGAAAUGAUGGAUUGUUUCAGUAAAAUUAUUUUCUUAUGCCUAUCCUGAAAUAGGCCUAAAUUAUUCUUUCGCUUGAGCACACCAAAAAGUUCUAGAAUGGUUUUAGUUGUUCAAUUUUUGUGCAUAAACCCUAAACUCUGUGUUGCCUUUUAAUCCCAGCACCUUGAUUUCUCAAUCUACAAAUAAUUGACAUGGAGGGAAUUCUGAAGAAAUAUCAGCAGAAAUUCAAGAAAGUGAGACAAGAAAUGGACAAUUGGGAAACCCUCCAAUCCCGCUUAAUUUCUCAGUUUUCUAACGCUUCUUCCAUCAUUGAAAGAGUUCAGGUGAUUGGAGAUAAAAAGAACUAUGGUUGUUUGAAGGGUAUUGAUGGGAUUGAAGAGGCUGUUUUGCAAAAUCAAAUGGAGGCGUUGGAGACCAUUUUGCUUUCAAUUAAGUAUACUAUGGAAGAUUUCCAUAGCAUUGUACUUUUUCUGGAAAAAAUGGUUAAAGAGAGCAAGCAUCUUGCUGGAGGAGGAUCUCAGCCUUCUACAAAACAACUACAACAAAGGACAGGGAUCAAACCAAGACUUUCAGAUUGCUUAGAUGGGCUUGCGAUUCUGCAGGAGAUGCACUACUCUGAGUACCUCCUUAAAGUAUCAGUUGUUUCUGCACUCUCUAAAAUUGCUUUAAAAUCCAGCUCCAAAGAUCUGGGAGCAUUGCGCCAACUUUUAUUCGAUCAGCCUAACAUUCCGAAAGAUGAAGUACAGCUGAUUUAUGACAUUAUAUUUGCAGAAGACAUUUGUUAAAGUGCCUAAGCUAUGAAUGAGUGGUUUGAGCGCCUCCUUAUGAUCUAGCUGCCAAAUUAUAUAUUGACAUCAGAUUACCCCCUUGUUGAAGUAUAUUUAGUAACAAUACAUUUAAGUUCGCAUAUAACUCGCACUAUUCAUGUGCAGAUGAUAUGCAAUAGGGAGUAGACUCCUCAAGUCUCAAAAGGUAUUCUGUUGAGGGAGUUGGAAUUCCUGAAGAACCGACUGUUAGUUCGUAUACUACUUUAUAUAAUACAUUUUAUGUUAGAAUUUUAUAUUGUAGCCUUAUUUAUGACCGAGAACCAAAGGUGAGCUAUAAACUCAUUGGAAGCUACCUUAAGACUCGAGAUCUGAAAAAAAUUGUGGGAGAAACUCCCACUUUCUAUUGGAAUACAUACAAUGAGAAAAAGCGAUGAAACGAACAUCAGCAUUCACAGCUGGGUCCACCGUCCUCAUACGAUUUGGAAGAAGGCACAUAAAGGCGUUAGUAUGUGAGUCUGUGACAUUGCCGUGAUGAUUUAAACCAAGUAAUUCACCAUGAUUCUCUGCCAUAUACGGUUUGAAAGAAGGUUCGACCGUCUUCCCCUUCAUACGGAUCAGUCUUCUGUUGCUUUCCGCUCCCAGUAGCACAUAGAGUCGAGGAGAUGAGUGUUAUUGUCAUAGCACUCAUGCCUAGCAAGAAUAUUGUUCCUGUGGCCAAUAAAACAAUGGAAAACAUUUUCUGUUUGACUGUAUUAAUAUUGGGUUUCUAUUACUUUUAGUUGUCAUUCUAAAGAACCCUUUUUAGCUCAUAGGUGCUUGUUUAUAUAAUUCAUUUCCUUUGAAUUUUACACUUUAUUUACCAUUUCAAAGGGUGU